CCGAGGGGAUGCGAGUAGAGAUGGAGGGGGCUUGAGGGACUGUGGAGGAGAAAACCUGGCACUUGGAGAUAAUAGUGGAGAUACAGCGGCGGCGGCGGCGGCAGCAGCAGCAGCAGAAGAAGAAGACAGGCAGGCAGGUUAGACACUUCCCAGCCUCCACUCCUGGCUGGCUGCGGAGCAGAGGAGCGCGGAUAGGGCGCACAAGGGGGUCAGCGGGCGCUCAGAGGGUGCCACAUGCAAUAUGCUGCAUCCCUGUUUGGUGAAGCCCAAGAAGAAAGCCAAGUUGUCGCAUUUGAUUGAUUAUGCUCGCGGGGAGCGGCUGGUCCGAGUGGAAGCAGAAACUGAAGGAAGCGACCGGGGUUGACGCUGUGCCUCCCCAAAUCUCUGAGCUGAAUCCCAGUGAGACCGUGGCACUUCCAUGCGUGCAUGAGUGUAAGGGUGUGAGUGUGAGUGUGUGAGAGCAAGUGAGCGCCAGCGCUCCCACAUGGCCUCCAUGCAGGACGGGCUGAACUUCACGGCUCCUCCCUACGGCAAGGUCCUGCUGCUGGGUGCUAUCGCUGCUGCCUCAGCCUUUGUUGUUACGAUCCUCAUCGUGGUGCUCUGUGUGGGCUGCCAGAGGAAGGGGAAGACACACAAUGUCCCCGGCGAAGGUGGAAAACACCGUCUCAUGGACAUGGGUAUACUCAGGCAGUCGAAGCUGCGGUCCAUCAGUAAAUCAGACACUGAGAUGAACAAGAUGAACUGCAAUGGCAAAAGCAGGCAGCUUCCCCAGAUCCCUUCUGGGACUGGAGAGGAUGGGGAGCACACUUACUCUGAAGUGGGCCGACGCUCCUCCACCACACGUACUGACGAUGCCCUCUACGCCAUGGUAGGCAGAGCCGGGCAGACGGACACUCCGGCCCCUCCGGCCGUGCCUGCCAACACCCCGGCGCCACCAGACCCAGAUGGGGACGUGGAAGGAGGGCUGCCUGAACCUGAGGCCCAGGUCAUGUCUCCCCCUCACCCUCCAGAGACGGCUGAGUACGCCUGUGUCAGGAAGCUGAGGAAGGCCGACAAGGCGCCCCAAAAGAGGGACAGCGGGACGGAUAUGGCGGAGCCACCGGCACCGCCUCCUCGUCACGCCCCGCCGUCACAUCCUGCCCCUCCUCCGCCACACCCUCAUAGCACAAAGUUGCCACGUAGAAAUGUGGAGGCCUUUAACGUCCCAUCAUUCCCAAAGGAAGUGAUGUUUAUGGGCAACGGAGAGCAGUACAUCUGGAAGCCUCCAGAGGAUGAUGACAUGCUCAUGCUGCAAAAUAAAGCCCUGGGCCCAUUGGGUGCUCACACAGUGGAGAAUAUACAACCGUCUGCUGCUGCGGUGGCUGAGAUGUACUCGAAGGUGUGUAAACCAGGAAAGAAGAAAAGAGCUGUGCCGGGGUCUCCCCCAGCCAAUCCUGGCUUCCGGACCUUGGGUCGUGGUGACCGUGACCGAGACCGGGAUGGGGGGUUUAGUGUAGUGGUCAAACCCCAGACCUGGGCUCCUCAGGAGGGCAAAGCAGUUGGAGGGCCCCUUGACGACCACUGCUAUGAGUCCAUCGGGACAGAGGAGUGCGAUCCAGCCUAUGAGAACAUGGAAGGUGGAGGCGGCUGGAAGCGAGAGAGGCCCCCCAACACGUGUGCCACCCUGCGGCCGAGAAGGAAGAAAACCCAGCAGCCCUUGCAGCAGCAGCAGCCCCCUCCACCGCCGCCAACACAGCAGACCCCCAAGUUACAGCACUUGCCUGCCAAAGCCCUGCUGUUGCCAGGGGAGAAUCUGUACGAGAGCAUCGGCGACCUGAAGCAGGGCUCCGCCACCUCCAGCACCACCACCAUUUUCACUUUCAACGACGGCAUGGAGAUGUAUGUAACAGGGCUCUGAGGCGGCAGCUGCACUGUGACCCCCUAUCCUUCCAACACAAGGAGCUGAGCUAACACCACAAGGAGUGACGGCUGAGCCCCUGUCAUGCUCUCCCAUACAUACUGUUUACAUUCAAGUCAUAACAUCAUGCCUGUCACAGGCUCCAGAGGCCUUGGGGCAAUAAUGUUGACCUGUUAUGACCUGGGCUGACUAUAAAGUCCAAUCUAUCAACCUUAUAAGGAAUCCAAAGGUAGUGAAUAAUAAAUGAGCACAAGACUAUUGCAGAGCAAUCUGUUGGUAACAGUAGCACUUCUAUUUUACUGGUACAUAUGUGCAAAGCACAAUAAAGUAAAAAGCCUAAAUUCUUCCUCAAUUCUAGCGGGUAAAAAUAGUAAUUUAUCUGGUCCGAGCAGGACUUUUAUUUGGGGAAAAGGCACAGCGUCGUGUGAAAUCUUUUGGUAGCACUUAAGUCUGUCAUGAACAGGCCUUCCCUGUAGUUGGUCAAGAUGUGAUUCAGGACGGAAUUUAAAAGAUAUAAAGGAAUGAAUUACUAAUCAAAAUACUUGAAAGCUCAGGGACCAAGAGAAACAAUUAUGAGAGUAUUAUAAAGAAAAAUUGCACACA